CCCACCAGACCCUACCUCUCUCCUGAGAUGGUUCCAUUAGCUGUUUACUGGACCUCGAACGUGUAGCAACCAUAUGGGAAUCGUCACCAACGAUGCGCGUCGAGACGUGGCCACAGCUAUAAAAUUGGGCGCCCGUUGAAUCCCGGGGGACGUUGACAGGGGCUGGCUUCGCUAAUCUGACCAACCGAUCUCGACUCAAUGUUUCAGGGACGAUCUGCGUCAUUGAUCGGUGCUAAGCCAACGCGAGAAAUGAACGCGUCGGGAGAACACAAGAUGUCAACCUGCAUCUUUCUCUGAACAGACUUCAAUUGUUGGCCGGCAGUGUGAGGCCAGGUACCUGCGCAUGCGCUGUUUUGCUCCUCUCAGACCAUUCCAUUCUAUGCUGGUGUUUCCAACCCACAGGACAUACUUGAUCUACCUGUGCUACGUAUCACCUCGACCUUUCAUACACUCUUCGAAGGGUGCCCUUACAAUGCCUCCAAAGCGUGAAUUCAACGGCAUUCUACACAACGCCAUAUCUGCCAACACGUACACUGACGCAUCCGGCAACGCACCCAACAAGCGCUCGCGCAUAGCUAAACCUCUUGAUAAAGUAUUCACAAACAGCACGCCGCUCACAGAUGCGACCGCAAGAAUUUCUGAAAAUGGUACACCUGGAGAUGAUAUCAAGAACAGAGAAGGCGGUUUUGAUCAUUCGAGGCCAGAAGAACGAGCAGGCAUAGUCGAUCGGCGAUACUAUCCGGCAGAAAUGAGCAACGAGCGAUGCGCCAUGUACAAUGUUAACGAGAUUCCACGGCCAAUUGCAAUCUUGGAGAAAACUUUGAAAGACACGAAGCAAAAGAGGGACAAGAUACAAAGCAGAAACGAAGGUGGGCACGGCGAUGCAGUCAUGCAUUGGUUCAAGCGCGACUUGCGCAUACGAGACAACACAGGCCUCUCAAAAGCUGCAGAACUCGCAAAGAGUAAAGGAAUUGGCCUAAUUACUGUCUGGAUAAUGAGCCCACAAGACUGGGAAGCACAUCUUGUCAGCCCGCCUAAGUGCGAUUUUGAGCUUCGUUCGGUACAGCUGCUCAAGCAGGAAUUAGAAGAGCUCGACAUACCUCUCUACAUUGAGACGGUGCGCGAAAGGAAGAACAUAAAAAAGCGAUUGGUUGAACUGGCACUUGAAUGGAAUGUAAAAAACGUCUUUUGUAACCUUGAAUACGAGCCCGACGAGCUGCGCCGGGAAGAACGGCUCGUGCGUAUGAUGUUGGAGAAAGGUAUCAACAUGGAUCCACAACACGAUGACUGCGUCGUACCACCCGGAAGUCUUAAGACAGGUACCGGAAAACAAUACGCAGUAUACACACCCUGGUACCGCGCCUGGGUUGCAUACCUCCACGCACACCCUCAUCUUCUUAAAGAACGCUCCAUGCCAGAGAAGAAUCCUGCCGGUUUCCGUGAAAAUUUUAUGAAGCUCUUCGAUUGCAGAGUCCCUGAUCUCCCAGAAUGCAAGUCUCUUACAGCCGAAGAGAAGGAGCGGUUUCGUCAUUUAUGGCCAGCUGGCGAGUCGGCAGCUAUCGAUCGAUUGGAACGUUUCCUCACCGAGAAAGUCACCAAGUACAAGGACACGCGUAACUUCCCUGCUUUGAACAGUACUGGCCGAAUCAGUGUACAUCAUGCGGCCGGCACACUAGCCGCUCGAACGAGUGUGCGUAUGGCUAGGGAUAUUAACAGCGUGAAGAAGCUCGACGGGGGCAAGGAGGGCAUAAAAGGCUGGAUUGGAGAAGUAGCUUGGCGGGACUUUUACAGACAUGUUCUGGUUCACUGGCCCUAUGUAUGCAUGAACAAACCCUUCAAGUACGAGUACACGAACAUCGAAUGGGAAUACAAUGAUGCCCACUUCCAGGCCUGGACGCAAGGUCGUACAGGUUAUCCCAUCGUUGAUGCCGCAAUGCGCUGUCUCAAACACACAGGUUACAUGCACAACCGACUUCGUAUGAUAACAGCAUCCUUCCUAGCCAAACAUCUCUUGCUAGACUGGCGUCUCGGCGAACAAUACUUCAUUACGCACCUCAUCGAUGGCGACUUUGCUUCAAACAACGGCGGAUGGGGCUUCAGUGCUUCAACAGGCGUGGAUCCUCAACCCUACUUCCGCAUCUUCAAUCCAUGGACACAGUCUGAAAAGUUUGACGAGCAAGGUGAAUUCAUUAGGUUAUGGGUAAAGGAGCUAGAGGGUAUGCAAGGGGCCGCGAUACACAAUCCCUACCAGGCAAAAGGCGAGGCGGUCAAGAUUGCAAAGAAAAAUGGGUAUCCCGAACCCAUUGUCGAGCACAAAUUUGCGCGAGAAAGGUGUUUGGCGAGGUACAAAGCUGGUAUUGGGAGGGAGACUGCGUAAGGGAUGGUUGGCCCCCUUCCAAAAUAUCGCUAUUAUCUGUUCUUUCAAACAACCGGCUUUUACUAUUACUGGGGCAUGCCAUUGUCGCGUGAUUGCUGCGUAUCUGUAUAUGGACAUGUGGUGAACGUGAAUUGCUCUGCUAUGGUUUGGAGGGGCUGCUAUAUUUAGCUCGUCAUGCCAAGGGUCUGCGCUACUAGCUCUAUUUUAGUUUAGCCUGAAGCCUCCCUCUAUCGCAACAACUAGACG